CAGGUGCACCAAAUAGUCAAUGAUAACGACUGUUGUUUGAAAGGUGCGCAAUUUAAUUGAUUUGCAUAUGCAUGGAUUCUAAAAUUGCGAUAAAAGGCAUGGCUGAAUCACGUAUUCUAGAUACUGCUCAACAUUUCAUAGAGUGUGCAACUUGUAUGGAGUAUUCAGAGUUCUUUUGCAAUACAUAUAAUCAGAAGAUGUGUCAUCAAUGUAGAGACAUUCAUUUGAAAGAUAAGAAAAAAGCAAAUCACAAUGUCGUUCCAUAUCGGGAGAGGGGGAAAAUGGGCAAACUAGAUAGGAUAAGAGAUGAAGUAGGCAAACAAAUCGAUAAGAUAAAAGGAGGAAUUCAACAACUCUUUAAGGUGAAGGAAAAACAAAUCAUUGAAUCUGAGAUAGCAAAACAUCCAUCUCGAAAAGUAAAUUCCAAUGGCACUUUAAAGAAUUGCGACUUUAACUUUGAACAAUUCAAAACAAUUACUCUUUCAAAUAUAAAAAUUAUAACUCACUUAUCCAUGAAAUCGACAGAACUAAUCUGGGCCAGUGAUGAAAAAGGAAAUCUUAUCCAUUUUGAUCUUUAUGGAAAUCUCCUACAUACAAUAAACACAUGUGAAAGUAAAACAGGUUAUCAUACAAUCAGUAAACAAGGAGAUCUACUUUACACAGAGAGAUACAUGAAAACCAUCUACAAACUCACAUUUAACGGAAAGAGAAUCUCACAGACGCCAUUCCUUACAACGGAAGAGUGGAUGCCGUGGUGCGUUUACUUUUCAACUAUCAAUGACAACAUUAUCCUGGGCAUGAUGAAAGACAAGGAAUGGAAGCUGUCUACGUACAACAAGGAAGGCACAAAACUCAGGGACAUUCAGAUGGAUGUCGUAGGAACAAAACUCUAUCAAAGCAUUUCGUAUGUCACUGAGAACAUAAAUGGUGACAUUUGUUCCUCGGAUUAUAAGGCGGGUAGAGUGGUUGUGGUAAACAGAUUUGGGGAGCAUCAGUUCUCUUACUCUGGGCACAAUUCUGAAGGCGUAUAUACUCCUUAUGGAAUCUGUACUGAUGACCAGGGACACAUCUUUGUUUGUAGUAGUGUCAGUUGUGGUCAGGUUUGUCACGAGGUCCAUAUCCUUGCCCAAUACGGCCAGUUCUUGUCUCUCCUGCCUUUACCGGGUGAUUGCCCGCGAGCUAUCUGUGUUGAUAAUCAUCACAUGAUCUAUGUUGCAACAGAACGCUCCAACAUCACUGUGCACAAGUAUACCCCAAAUACGGACAGGUAA